AUCCACCGGAUCGGCAGCCGCUGACCGGUUUUGCUCUCCAUCUCGCACGCUAGUCGCGUCGCGAGCGCCAAAGACAGAAAGCCGACGUUUAAUUCAUAAGCAACACAAAUCGCACAAACGCAAAUUGCAAGUCCGCGAGAACCAACAAUACACGUUACGCAGCCGUCUCCGUCAUGAAGCGCUACUUGGGAUGCUUGCUGUGCCUCUCGAUCGCGGUGGUUUUUGUAGAUGAAGGUACGUGCGCCAUCGCGCAAAAGCCCGAACAGUCGAAAGUUUCUCCGAAAAUUAUUGAAGAUGACGAGGACUUCGUGCCGUAUCAGGGCGGACGCUUCACAACAUUUGACUGGACUCUGUUCAGGAAACUAGGCGUGGCAAAUGCAGGAAACGUUUUGUUGUCGCCUAUAUCCAUAAAAUUAGCAUUGGUGCUUCUUUACGAAGGAGCUCAGGGUCAAACCGCGCAUGAACUUGCCAACGCCUUGAACCUUCCUCUCAGUGUGCCGGGAACUCGAGAGAUUUUCAACAACGUCUUGAAAUCUCUGCAGACUCCGUCGUCGGCGUACACGCUAAAUAUCGGAUCGCGCAUUUACAUCGACAAUAACGUGCUGACCAGACAACGUUACGCGGCAACGAUGAAAAGUUUUUACAACACCGAUGUGAUCAACGUCAAUAUGUCCGAAGCGCACGCGAUCGCGAACGGAGUCAAUUCCUGGGUCAGUAACGUUACGGAUGGACACAUAAAGAAAAUGAUAGAUGACGAACAAGAUCUGAAGGACUCGGUGAUGCUGAUAGUGAACGCGCUGUUUUUCAAAAGCGCGUGGCGUCGCAGGUACUUCGAGCCCGAAAACACUCGCGUUUCCAAAUUUUACGUCAACACCAACGAGAUCGUGAACGUGCCGUUCAUGCACACCGUGGGUCGAUUUUAUUACGUCGAAUCGUCGAAACUCGACGCGAAGAUACUGCGAAUACCGUACGACGGUUCAAAAUUCGCCAUGUACAUCAUUCUGCCGCGCACGAUGUACGGCGUGGAUCACAUUGUCAACGAGAUCAACGCGUUCACGCUCGCUACGGACAUGUGGGCCAUGCAGGAAUUGCCUUUCGACGUGUUGAUACCGAAAUUCAAGUUCGAGUUCACGAGCCACUUGGAGAGUACUCUGCGCGAGCUCGGUAUUCACGAUAUCUUCGACGACACCGCGCUGCUGACGGGUAUAGCGAGAACAAGACGAGCUUCGAGACAUCUGCAGGUGUCCGACAUAGUGCACAAGACGGGAAUAGAAGUGAGCGAGAACGGGACAAUUGCGUACGCUGCCACAGAGGUACAGAUUGGAAACAAGAUAGAAGACAGCGUGUUCCAUGCGAAUCAUCCGUUCGUGUUCUACAUCGAGGAUGAGACCACCGGCACCAUUCUUUACAUAGGAAAGGUGCGAAAUCCCUUGAACACGUCCGGAGUUGCGGAGAAAUGUUACACGCAAGCGCAGCCGGAAUUCCCGUCACGACUUAAUCUGGAUACACCGAACAUUCCCGUUACAACCAUCGCCGAGGAUCGAUAUUCCUUCUUCAACACUGAACUUCUGCAGAGAGUGAACGAGGAAGUCGGAGGUAACGUGAUAUUGUCACCGGCCAGCGCGAAAAUCGCCCUUGCGAGUCUGAUUGAGGGCACGGCCGGUCGAACGCGCCAGGAGCUACUCGCAGCUUUGAGAUUGCCACCGGACGAAUACUCGAUUCGAAAAAUAGUGAGACGCACGUCCGCACCGUUAAAAAGUUACGAAAAUGGAACGGAAAUCGACGUGGCCACUCGCUUGUGGAUCAAUCCGACGCUCGCGGCGUCCAGUUCUUACUUGAACUCUCUGCGCAACAAUUACGGGACCGAUAUUCAGCAAAUGAAUUUCGGAAAUGCAAACGAUGCGGCGAACGCGAUCAACGCCUGGGUUCGCGAAAGAACGCGGAAUAACAUCAAGUCGAUCGUUCAGCCUGGUAUUCUCGACGCCAACGUUCAGAUGCUGCUGACUUCAGCUUUGUAUUUCAAAGGACGAUGGUUGAAGUCCUUUGACAGAGGCGCAACGCGCGUUGGAUGUUUCCAAGUGCCCGAUAAUAGCUGUCAAAACAUUCCUAUGAUGCAAAAUAUUGCGAAGUAUCGGUACGGUUACGUAGCCGCGCUCGACGCCGAAGUGGUCGAAAUUCCGUACUCGAACGGCAGGACGUCCAUGCUAGUCUUUCUUCCGUAUCACUAUCAGAGCGAUCCGUACCUCCAGGUUUUGUCCAAAGAUCUGUCGUACGUGCCGAUGAGAAUGCUGCUGGCUAGUCUGAACGAGACCGAUCUGGUGCUCUCUAUUCCGCGAUUCAGCAUCGAGAGCAAAUUGAACUUGCAUUCACCGUUGACGCGUAUGGGUAUACAAGACAUUUUUGGCACAACAGCGAACUUCACGGGAAUUGGACACAACAAUUAUCUACGAAUAGGAGAGAUACUCCAAAGUGCUAAAAUAGAAGUUGACGAGGAGGGAACCGUCGCCGCCGCCGUGACAGAAUUUGUUAUUGUACCUCUCAUGGGUGAAACAAUUCCAACAUUCAUAGCAAACAGACCGUUUAUCUUCGCUAUUAUUGACGUUUUAACGACUGAGACUCUCUUUGUUGGUCGUUUUCUUGGUCCUAAUGCAAGUACUUAAAAAUUAAGAGUGAUACACUAAGACACAGGUCUUUUUACUUUUAUACUGAAAGUGCCUGCGAGAUAUUAUCAUUUAUGUAUAUAAUCAUUUUCUUGUGACGUAUACAUAUAUAUGUGUAUAUAUAUAUAUAUAUAUUACUUUUGUUACACGUGUAAACUUGGCACAAGACUCGACGUCUCUUGAUAUUUUUUUUUUUUUGUAUUGAAGUUGCAGGAGUGUUUGUGCUUUUA